CAGAGCCUGGCGAUCUCCUCCCCUCGAGAAUCAACCAGCUCCUUUCUCAUUGCAGCUUCCGGGCAUCGGAUUCUGAGCUUUUCAGUGUCAACCGGAGGGUUGGUUUCAACAUGGCCACAGCCACAGCCAAAGGUAAGCUCUUGAUACAAAUCCAAUAAUUCAUAAUUUGAAUGAACAUCUCUCGUUUCAAUCCCAGCAAUUCUGACAUCCCCGAGCAUACCGGUAAUGGCAUCCAACCUACCACGGCCGAUAGUGAUGAUGAGCGACCGGGCAAGAGACAGAAGUUGUCCGCGAAGACAGAGACCCCUUCAUAUGUGUUGAGCGUCACAAUAUCAAAUGAUCGGAAUCAUAUCGUUGCAAUCACUGCCGAGGACAAAGCUGUCCGUGUUUUUGAAGUAGAAAAGACGGGCGAACUGAAAGAGUUGAGCAAGAGAUGCAUGUUCAAACGACCGAGCACAGUCGAACUAUCAGAUGAUGACUCAACCAUAUUCGUCGGAGAUAAGUUCGGAGAUGCCUACUCUCUCCCCCUCCUCCCCGCAGCAGACUUCAUUCCAAAGGCCCAGGUAUCCAGGACCGAAACCCAGUCUAAACCCGCAGCAAGUCUCACCACCGUGCAUACUGCUGCAAACCGGAAGAUCCUGGAAGCGCAAAUGAAAGCGAUAGACGCAGCGAAACCGAAAGAAGGUCUCCCCUUCGAGGCUAAGCUGCUUCUGGGGCAUGUGUCUUUGAUGACUGACCUGAAAUUCGUGACGCUUGAGAACGAGUCUGGCGGCGGAAAGCGAAGAAGCUAUCUUGUUACGGCAGAUCGAGAUGAACAUAUCCGCGUCUCAAGAGGCCCUUCUCAGGCGCACAUAAUUGAGAAUUUCUGCCUCGGCCACACGGAGUUUGUGAGCAAGUUAUGUUUUAUUGGGAAAGGGAGGUAUCUCGUGUCAGGUGGUGGGGAUGACGAAUUGUUCGUGUGGGACUGGCUACAGAGUAAACUACUCCGGAAGGUCGAUCUGAGAGGCCCAGUUGAGGCCUGUAGGGGAGCUGGGGAGGAUUCCUCAAGCGCUAAUGCAUCAGUCCCCGAUAGAGUUCCAAUAUGUGUUACUGGACUAUGGCGAUAUGUUGUCUCUGGCUCAGAGUGUGUUCUGAUUGCGUGCGAAGGCGUCGCAGGCAUCUUCCUCUUGAACCUUGAACCUAUUUUCAAUGCAGGCGCCUCGCCUCAAAUAUCGUGGACCACAUUACCAGGUAACCUCCUGGAUACUGUUGUGUCGGAGAGUAGCAUAGUCGUAUCUGUGGAUGGCAUCCAUGCCAAAAACUCAUGCUCCGUGGUGCGAGAAUCUGUGGAGGGACAACAAUUGUGUGUGCUCAAGCCCCAUGGCGAUGGAGCAACUUUCGAUGUGGAUGACUUCUUCACUGAUAGCAAUGAACGCCGGGAGACGAAUAGGGAUCAGAUAGACAAGACGAAGGUCGCGGAGAGGCUGUAUACCACUGGCCUCCUUCGCAAACGGCGAGGUCAGGAAGGGGAAAGCGGCGACGUCGAAGAGAUGGAAUAGCGGGUGGAAUCAUAGGCAUUCUUCUUGAAGUAGAUCUAAUGCCAUAGCUAUUCC